CUGAAGAUAAAUUUUGUACCAACAAUGUUAGGAUAUUGGUUGGUAAUGAACUACGAUGAAGACAGGCAAGAGAUCAAUACUGGAAAUCAUCGAAUAAAAAUAACAUCAAAGUUAGUAGAAGAAUGUCUCGGAAUACCAAGGGGUAAGAUUACAGUGCUUGAGAAGAACAAACCUAGAAAAGGUGUUGGUGAGAGAGUUGAUGAAUUUAAGAAUCAAUUUGAUACCACGAAAAUCAGUGUGAUAAAAGUGAUUGAUCUGAUAAAAGAAUCUUCACAAGCAGGAAAGUUAUUCAACACAAACUUUCUUGUUGUGGUGAAUACUUUGUUAGGAGAAACAACACAGUCAACAACAGUCAACCAAAGGUUUAUAAUUGGUAUUGAAAACGAUUCAGAAAUACCAAAUAUGAACUGGUGUGGCUACAUGCUCGAAUGUUUAAGAAGAUCAAAGAAAAAGUGGAAAGGAGGAAUUGAUCAAUUCACUGGCCCAAUAAUAUUACUUGCGGUAAUAUUCGCACAUUCAUACUUCAAGAGGCACAAAAAAACAAGUUUUAAAGUUGAAACACCAGCAGUGAAGUAUAUCACAACGGAGCUACUCAACAACUUGCAAAAACAUUUCUACAAUAAUGGCCCAUUGACAGACGAUGAAGAAACCGAUGACGAUGUAGAAAUGAAUGAAAAUCCGAAAAGUGUUGAAUCUGAUACGGAAGAUAAAAGCAAAAAGAAUGUUGAAGUUUCAAAUGUUGAAGAACCUAUUGGUGAUAAUACAAAUGAAGAAGGUCGCAAUGAACCAAAUGAUGAUUUCACAACAUCAUGUAUGUAA